AUACAUGUAUGUUUUUUUCCAUUAAGUUCAGUUAAAGCACUGACACACCAAGCUCAACAACCCUAAGAUUCCCCAUAAUCUAAACAAAGCUCCAAACUCCGCACCUUUCAGUUCCUAUCCUACCAACAGAUUAGUACAAAAAGCAAAACAACCCACAAACAAAACAAAACAAAACAAACCCUAAAUAUGAAGCUGCUGCAGGUUGUGCACAGGAAGCACGAGGAGAAGUAAGAGAAUCCGGCGCGGCGCGUGAAGAAUCAGAUGCUGGUCGAUGAAUCUGCAGGUUUCUGACAAUGAAUGCGUGCGUGCCGGAAUCCCGAUGCGAAGAAGCGCAUCGGUGACGCUGCCAGAAUCGAUAGAAAGAUGAGCUUCCUCAGCGUGAGCUGCUGCAUCGGCGCACAAUGCUCAUCGCUGUGGAGCAAGCACGGCGCGGAACGAUGGACCGGGGUGCUUCAGCAGAAGAAGCAACCCGCGAGAACCAUGCCUGGUCCAGGUUGGAAUCGCUCCGUGUCUCCGGGAAGAAUCAUCUGCAGCCGCCGGAGCGGAACUCGGUCGGGAGCCGUUGCGUCGCUGUUCACCAGCGACGGACAGGAGCGGUUCUACAACAAAGAGCUGCAUAAGCGGCAGUUUGAGUAUCACCGCGGUGGACGAAUGCGGCCCGCACGUCCAGUCCCUGUGGACAAUUCCAACAUCAUCCUGUUUCAGGGGUUCGACUGGGAGUCACACAAUCACAACCCAAGCUGGUGGAUCCACUUCCAGUCUAAGAUAGAGGAUUUGUUCGAGCUGGGCAUCACCGACGUCUGGCUCCCUCCAGCUUCUCAAUCCGUCGACAAGCAUGGGUAUCUGCCGGGUCAGCUGUACAAUCUAGAUUCGUCUAGGUACGGGAAAGGCAUCGAGCUGCGCAACCUGCUGGACGUGCUGCAUAUGCACGGGAUGUGUGGGAUUGCGGACAUUGUGAUCAACCACCGCACGGCGGGCACACAGGAUAAGCAGGGCCACUGGAACAUCUUCGACGGCGGCGUCCCCGAUAAGCGUCUCGCUUGGGGCGCUUGGGCUGUGGUGGACAAUGAUGUAUACAAUAGUGGAGGGAAAGGGAAGCAUGACACGGGGGAGAGUUAUGGGGCCGCUCCGGACUUAGACCACACAAGCAAACGAGUGCAAGAUGAACUCACUGAUUGGAUGAAUUGGUUGAGAGCUGAGGUGGGAUUCGAUGGUUGGAGGUUUGAUUUUGCCAAAGGUUAUGGUCCUCAAUAUUGUGGUUUGUAUUGUGAGCGUACAUGUCCAUCAUUUGCAGUGGGAGAGAUUUGGACCUCCAUGUCAUAUAAAGAUUCAUCACUUCUUGCAGAUCAAGAUGCACACCGGCAAAAACUAUGUGAUUGGAUCGAUGGAACGGGAGGGAGAGUGUGUGCCUUUGAUUUCACCACCAAAGGCAUCCUCCAAACUGCUGUUGAAGGCCAACUCUGGCGUCUACAAGACUCCUUUGGAAAACCGCCAGGCCUUAUUGGAUGGUGGCCGCAAAAAGCAGUAACAUUUGUUGACAACCAUGAUACGGGGUCCACACAACGACAUUGGAGUUUUCCGGACGAUAAGAUUGCCAUGGGCUAUGCCUACAUUCUCACCCACCCCGGCAUUCCUUGCAUUUUUUAUGAUCACUAUUUUAAUACACAUUUGAAAUUUCAAAUCAAAGAGCUUGUCCAAGUUCGCUUGCGCAACCAUAUAAAUACUGAAAGUAAAGUCAGUAUUAAAAUUGCGGAAGCUGAUAUAUAUGUGGCCAGUAUUGCCGAUCGUGUGCUUGUAAAGCUUGGCCCUCGAAUGGACAUGGGAUUAUUGUUGCCUAAUGAAAGAUUUUGGAAGCUAGCAACAUCUGGAGAAAAUUAUGCUAUUUGGGAAAGCACAACACCACCCACCACAACUAUGGAAUUACCCAUACAAACUCAUGAAGAUGUUAAACUUGAUCAUAAAAGUGUGCCCAAUAAUCUACCUAUCAAAGUUCGAUUGGUUAACACCAUGAGCACCAAAACUAAGAAGAGGAUUUUAGAAGAAUAUCCAGAGCUUCUUGAUACUAAUAUAGAACCUACAAAAGAAUUUAGUUUUGAGGCACCCCACAAUGAAGAGAACUUCAUUUAAAACAAAAAAAAAACAAAAAAAAGGUAAAAUAUUUGGAGUCUUGUAAAUUGUGUAUGUAUGUACAUAUACAAAUAAGAAAAUUCUAGUAAAUUGUGUGAAUAAUCAAUACUUUUAUUAUGUAUGUAUUGAAUAAAAUCAUGCAAAGUAUUUUCAAAACAUUUUUGUAACAAUGUUCAAUUUACUUAUUAUGUUUAAUAUGCUUUGACAUCAGUAAAUUUCCAUACAA